AUGCACCCCUUCUCGGUCCUAACUGCGGGCAUUUUCGUAGCUGGUUACAUCACCGCGCGCUGGGACCUCGUCACACGGCUGUAUGAGCUUGCAAUCUUCGCCUGGGAUCACGGUGUUGUGACGCGCGCCGCCAAAGGCUUCGUCGUUCUGUCAAUCGCCUUCUUCCUCAUCAUCGUGCCCAUUGAGCGCAUCGCCGCGCACGAGGCUGCCGAGAGGUUCCUUCUGACGGGAGUGCGGGAUGUUGACAUGGUCACGAACAAUGGGUUGAUGCGCAUUUUCUGGCCGUCAGACACGCCCACCAAGCCUACUGCCGGCGUGCUCGUAGGCUGGAGGAAUUCCGAGCUGGACAUCUUUGUCGUGACUGUACUGCGCGACGUUGAGCCAAGGGCAGUCGAUAAUGCUCUGCGCGUUGGCACGCUAUUCCGCAACGCACCCUACCCCAUCAACGACAUCCUGGAAAGAUGCGGACACACGUCGCUGCAGGUCCUCGGUGUUUUGAACCCCGGAAGCUCUCCGACAUCUUUUGACCCGAAAUCUCUUGUCGCCUACACGACCCCGUCCUCCAAGUUCCCGCGCAUCUACUCACCCGACGAGUUCAACGUCCAGGUUAUUCUCUUCGACCGGCCCGACCCGGGACGCAUGCAAUACCUCUCUCUCUCACCCAUCUCCCUGGCGUUGUCGGAUAAACAAAUUCAAGCAGGGAAGGGAAUACCACCAUUGGAUGGGAUAGACGCCGAAGAAGAGCAAGAGAAGGAGCGUAAGCAGAAGCUGGCGCAAAAGCUAAAGCUGCACACCGUCAUUCGGCACACGCCCAGCCAGAAAGAAUUGUCACUACCAGACAUUAUCAAUCAGGUCAACUGCUCGUACGAGAUUGCUGCGCUUUGCCAUAAAAAUGUUGGUCUGGUCGGCACUCGUUCGAGGCGAGCGCUAUCCAUGGGCGAAAGAGUGGUUGAAUCGGCCACGACAGCGUGGCACCAGAUCCUUUUGUUGCUCUGGCACAUCAUGAGCUGCUACGUUUACCCGGUCAUUGCAAGACUCUUCAUUUUGGGACUCAUAGCACAUCGAAUUGCCGGCGAAGUGAUACUUCGUGUCCUUGACUGGCGCCUUCUACCGCAUUCGGCGGCCUUGAAGGACGUGUCGGCUACAUUUCAGCAAGUCGAUAUACGACUGCAACAAUUCUGCUAUUGGCCGAUUCAAUUCCUCACGCUGCAGGAGAGAAAGGUCAAUUGGCAUAGCAUCACAAACAGCCAUCCUGAGUACAUCCGUUUCUACAACAGUCUGUGGCUCGUUGCAAACGAUGUGAUCAUCGGCAUUGCACUUGGCUCUUACAUAAUUGAGAACGCGGACUUUGUGGCUCUUCAGGUGAACAGAAUUCUCACCGAAUGGUCAAUUGAUGGAUUGCGUGGGAUGAUAUCCUGGCUAAUGGACUGGCCUGCCGGUUUGAAGCUCAAUAAUGAAUUGGCUCAGUUUCUUGGAGACCUUUUCUUAUGGGUCAUUGACUAUUGGGCUGGAUGCAUUGAGACUCUUCGCCCCCUCCUUCCAGAAGUCAUUCAGUUCAUUGGCUUCUCCAGCUUUGCGGGCGCCACGAUGCCCAUAUCGCUCUUCUCCGACCUUGUCUCCGUGUUGACGCUACACAUAUACUCGUUCUAUGUCGCGUCGGCGCGUAUCUUCAACUGGCAGCUGUCCAUCAUCCUCUCGCUCUUUCACCUCUUCCGCGGCAAGAAGCGCAACGUGCUGCGCAACCGAAUAGAUUCAUGCGAUUACGAUCUAGAUCAGCUGUUGCUGGGGACGAUCCUGUUCACCUUGCUCUUCUUCUUGCUCCCCACGGUCUUCGUUUUCUACCUCACUUUUGCGUCGGCGAGGAUGGCCAUUAUCAUCCUUAAAGCCGUUCUGGAUACCCUGCUAAUGUUGUUAAACCAUUUCCCCAUUUUUGCACUAAUGCUCCGCAUCAAGGAUUCCCGGCGUUUGCCUGGUGGCAUCCGUUUUGAUCUUCAAGAUACCCGUUCCGCACGCCUACCGGAACAACAACCGCUCUCUGCGCCGACAUCCUACAUCAUCCUUAAGUCCGUCCCUCUCGGCUUCUGGGAAAUGUUCGACCAGUACUGCCAGCUUGGCAACCGUAUCCGCAAGCACUACAUCUCGCCCGGUGUCUUCCUGUGCCUGGUUACGGGCCGCUUCGUGCCGCCCAUCCACCGCAAGAACCUCUACUCGCUGCAGUACAGCAUGCUGCCGGCGCGGCGCGCGGGGAUACUGGAACUGUGGGCGCGGUUGACGACGGCGAAGGAGGAGAAGAAUAGUAAGAAGGGGAAGGGAGGAGAGGCGAAUGGAUACCCAAAGAGCUAUGGUAGGAAUGCUAAUGGGAGUGCGAGGAAGAAAGAAGGAAGGAUGUGGUGGGCGACGUGA